CUUUUCAAUUUAGUCCGACCACGGUUUCAAACCGGAUCAGAUCGCAGUCCGCACGCGUUACGCAGCUUUUUCCGAGUGGUGUGUCCUUCAUAGUGAAGCGAAGUCCUUCGCUGAAGUAUUUGACAGUUAUAAAACUUGUAAAAUCUAGCGAGAAUGAAAAGUGUCAUGAACCGUGUGGCCCAUUCUGCACUUGUGCUUGUGUCAGUUUUCAGUGUAACCAGCAGCGGCUGGGUGUCUCAUUUGGACGUUUUGAAAAAACUGUCCGAGGCGAAGGGUAACGAGGAUUUGCGGUCAAAUCUCCGCUCGAUACGGAAGCUAGCGAUCCAACAUGGGCUGAUCAAGUCCAAUAAUGACAGUUAUCAAUCCGAGUGGUCCCCAAUCAAUCAACGACCGGCAGAGUUUCGACUGGAUAUAACCCCGUUGGAUGUGCCGGUGAUAAUAGAAGGCCGCAAAAAGGGAGUCGGGGUCAAAAACAGCAGCGAAACCAUUGCGCCUGGAGGCAAAACUGGGAUUGAUGCAUACGGCUUGUAUGAUGAAGUGGGUGAUAAGAAGAGCCGGAAGCGCAGGAAGAAGCACAGAAAAAAGCACAGAGGCUGGAAAAGACACAUGAAGAAGAUGCUUCCAUAUGGGCUAGGUAUUUUGGCGCUAAAAAUGAUCAUUAUGCACUUCAUCCUGAAGAAGUUGGCCCUAGCGACGGCUUUGUCGCUGUUUUUGAGCAAAAAAUCCUUGCUAGUGUCCGCGCUGAUCGCACUGAAACUGAUGCUCGCCAAGGAGCACCACCACGAGAAGAACGAAAGUAGCAAGCUAGAGGUAGUUCAUAUACCGAUCCGUAAAGACAUUGGUUUUCACAAGAAACUUCAGAAGAUUAAUCCACAGUCCAAAUCCCAACAGAAGUCGGUGAAUGCGCAUCACUCUAACCACCCCAUUAAACAUACCCAUCAACAGAUGGAGGAUUUUGGAGGGAAGUACAUCCCGCUGGGGUACGAAUCCAAUCACUACCAUUACGACCUAACAACGCAACCCAGCUAUUUGGAUUCCAUCCCGGAAGCGUCGGAGGAUAACUAUCUCAAUGCCGAUGAUCUGCAGUUCGUCCGGAGGGACGGCUGGGACGGGUGGACCGGAUGGAACCGUGGCGACGAGAAGGAUGGCUACAGUGGCGGCGUGCAGAAACCGUGGAAUACUUACAAAAGGAACGCUAGCUACGAUAUAUACAACAGCCACGGAAAUGGGGGCUUCAAUCGCGAGAGCUUUGAGCAGUCGACUGAAAACAUUUACGCUAACAUCAAUCAAUCCAAUUACAAACAGCGAAACUUGAGCCAAAUGAAAUACAGAAGAAAACGCAGGUUGUCCGAAAGCCCUUAGCGUACCCAGCCUGGGGUGAAUGUUUAUGAGUUUAUAAAAUAUUGAUUUAUUAUCCCGUUGUUUAAUUUAUCGUAUGUUUCAGUGUAUACCAUUUGCGAGUAAUAAUUUAAGGCAUUAGCAUUUAGUAAUUAAUUCAUGUUUAUUAUUACUUUGAAUCUUCCUGUUAGACAGAAAUAAUCACAAAAAAACCAUCAACAUACAAAAUUGCUAUAAUUAUGCGAAAUUCAAAUAUAACGUACGUCUUAUCCAUAAUCGAAGCUAGUUGUAAGAAUGCUAAACAAUCAUCGUACCAAAAUUCGUCACCGAAUAUGUAAUUUCAUUCAUGUAUAACAUGUUUGUAAAAAUUAAAAGCGUAAAAUAAAAUCAAUCCCAAAAACAAAUCGAAA